AUGGCUAUCGAUAAUGAAGCGUGCACUGCAACUGUGAUGUUUUAUGCUGCAAAUCAAGCCACUCAAACCCCUCCCUUUUAUUUUUGUAAACCAAUGGCAAGCGGUUAUCAAGGUGCUAUGAAUUUUCAAGGGGCGUAUAUUACCGUGAAGGAGUCAGUUUCUAAGAAAUGUGUUGCUCACACUGCAUUCGAUUGCGAAGGCGGCAAGAACACAGAUAAAUACCCGUCUGCUCCUCGGCAAGAUGUUACAUUCACUUGUAAUUUGCAAACAAAGAAAUGGAUUCUGGAUUUCACCGGAAACGACAUCGACUCCUAUUACCAAGGAAACUGGACUCUCAACUAA